AUGGACCUGCCGGCAAUCACCCCGGUCACUCCGGUUGCUCCAGCGCUGGGGCAGGCUCGAAGCUCUCGGCUUCGCUCUGCUUUCUCCGAACGCCUACGACCUCGGCCGUCAGGAAGGAUAUCGGCCAGUGGUGUCGGCCUUUGGCAAGCCGGCGCCCUCAGCGCGGCCUUGGCGGGUGUCCGGAAAGUCCGUGUCUCGCGCGGGCGGAGGUUGCGUGCUCAAAGACAAGUGUUGAAGGCAGUGAGCCUUGAUGAGGGAGUUGAGGUGGCGGCUGCAAAGGUAGACGCCCUGAAGUCCUUGAUCUCCAAGGUCCUUGAGGUGAAGUCUAUGCCUCAACAGUUGGAGCCUUUCCUUCGAGUUCUUCAGGCUAGCGGAUACGACAUCUUAGACAAGGAUGAAUGGAGGAAGAUUGGGGGCGACCUUCACCCUUUCCUCCUGCCGGUGGCGACGAAAGGGACUUUUGAUGAUGAUUUGGAGGUCCUUGCCCUUCUGAUCCGCGCGCCAAAUGGCAAACAGCUGAGACCCGACGAGUGGCAGGUCGUGACACAGCAGCCGCGCAAGACCAAAGUGGUGAAGCUGAUGGCGGAUGAUAUUUCGAGGUACAUCGUGAAGCGAGCCGAAGAAGCUACCUUCCGGAAGGAGAAGCAGGAUAUGCCCAUCAUCGAAGCCACCAAAGACCUGUAUGAGGUGCGUUUCCAGGGGCAGGACCAAACUGCCUUGGACAAGUGGUUGCUCCUAGAGGUGGGAGCUUUUCCGGACGUCUACAAAAACCUGGCCAUGGAACACAUCACCAGUGGCGAUGCCAUGACCGGACUGGUCAUCGCAGAUACCAUGCGAGAGACCUUUGGCUACACUUGGGCUUUUCCACAUGCGUAUGUGAGCACUCUGCUGAACACCUAUUUUGACGGCAAAAAGGAGAUGGAAGAUCGACAUAUUGAGGGCAAUCACUGCGCUCAGCAAUGCUUCACUGCGGGGUACCCUCUCUGGACCUUGGAGGAUGACACCGAUGAGACCUUAAACAAAUUGCUUGGCUAUGCGCAAAUGCCGCAGCCCGGGGCCUUGAUCCUGAGAAUCGGGGCAUCUCAUAAGAGUCACGAGAAAAAGGUUCUUGUGAGUCUCGGGAAUACCAGGAACGCUCCAUUGUCGCCCAGCUCGCCGUCGAACCCUUCGAACCAGUCGUCACCCAAAUCACCGAACCCGAGGAACCGGGUGAAGGUGGCACAUCUGGGCGAUGAGAUAGAUCAUGGCGAUCGAAGGCAUGGGUCGAAGAGAACCCCACGGUCCAAGGAGUCUCCAGGGGGAAUGCCGCUGAGUCCACAUCGACUGGCAAUUGAUAGCGCGCUGCAGUGCAUGCAGAGUAGGAAGUCGCAACUGGAUGUUCGAAAUGUGGAGCGACCCAGCAAGUGGAAUCUCGCGCGACUCGCAUUGGCAGGUCCGCAAAGCGAUGAAGAUGGAAAUCUGACAGAAGUCCAAAAGCUUUUGAGACGCGUGAAAGGUGAAUACACCACAGUGACUCAAAAGGAGGAUGUUUUAGAGACCAUCAUGAACGCUACGGCCCACGCCAGCUUCGAGUGCCUAGGACGCUUCGAAAUGGAACCCUCGUGCGCCGAUCUGCCGUCGAUCUGGGGUUCGAUCUGUCUUUGGUUUUCUGUUGCUGUGGCAGUUAACCCGCCUUUGGGUACGCAUCAGCUGUUGGAGUAUGACGUGGAUCUGGAAGCCAGUCCACUGGAGCGUUACGCCAACGUCUACUUCGAUUUCCUGCAGCGCCGCGGUGAACGCGGCCUGAAAGCGUUCCAAGAAACCUAUCAGGCGUGGCAUGCUCGGCUACGCUCGGCUUUGCCAGAGAUCUUUGGUGCGAACGAGACGCAGAAGCAGCAGAGAUGGUGGGAGGCGUUGCGCAGGGGGCACCCCGUGGCCGCCGCCGAGCUGUAUGGCCUGUCACAGCGGCUCGGAAGCGACGUGGCAGGCGACGUGGCAGCGCUGGCCACUGCGGUGUCCCUCUACCCGCUGCUGAUCAUUUCGCCCAAGGUGAGGCAAUGCCAAGGGGGGCCAAGGUUUUUCGGUGAGGAAAUGCCAAAAAAUGUCCCGGACAUCCACUACUGGGAGCAACUCCAAUGA